AUGGCCGCUAGCUCCGAGGGGACGCAAAGCAGCGCAGCACCCUUUGGAGCGGCGCACGACUAUCCCCAACCCCCGGCGCACAACCCUCUCGAAACCCCGGCCGCGGAAGCCGGCCGCGGGGUGCGGCUGCUGUGCGCGAUCGACGGCUCUGACGGGUCAAUGAAUGGGCUCAAGUUCCUUGUCGAGAAGCUGGUGGUUCGGGAGCGCGGGGACAGCGUCGUCCUCGUCACGGCUUGCAAGCCGUGCAACCCUGAGCUCGUGCCUUUGUUCGAGUCGCAAGGCGACGUCAUCCACGAGGAGGAGGAGCGCAGGUCGCGCGACCGAAUGCAGAAACUGGGGGAGCUGUCAAAGGAGGUCCCGGUUCCGUGCCAAACCACGGUACUUUCGGGCGACCCCGGGUGGGCAAUCCCCAAGUUCAUCGCCGAGCAGCCGGUGGACGUUGUGGUUGUGGGCAGCCGCGGAAUGAGCAAAGUGGACAGGUAG